AUGGUGGAGCCUUCCGCGGUUCAGGUGGCGGUGAUUGUGGCGCUGUUCAGUAGCGUCCUCCUAUCCUCCGCCAUGAACUCCACCGAAGACUUCAACGCCUCAAACCUCCAGCGACCGGAAGCUGGGCUUUGCGCUCAACUUAUCGAACCUUCUGGCUUCCCUUGCUCGGAACACAAAACACUAACAAAAGAUGGAUUCAUUCUGGGAAUUCAGCGCGUGUCAUCUAAUUCUGGAAAUUUUAGAAGGCAGAGGGGUCCUCCAGUUCUGCUUAUUCAUGGACUUUUUGUGGCAGGUGAUGCAUGGUUCUUGGAUACCCCAAAUCAAUCGCUGGGCUUUAUCCUUGCCAAUCGGGAUUUUGAUGUCUGGGUUGGUAAUGUGCGUGGGACACGCUGGAGUCAAAGCCAUGUAUCUUUAUCAGAAAAAGAUAGGGAGUUCUGGGAUUGGAGUUGGCAGGAAUUGGCUCUUUACGAUCUGACUGAAAUGAUUCGUUAUGUAUAUUCUGUUACAAACUCAAGAGUAUUUAUCGUUGGACAUUCGCAGGGAACAAUCAUUUCUCUGGCUGCCUUUACUCAACCAGAUAUAGUAGAAAUGGUUGGAGCAGCUGCGCUUCUUUGUCCUAUAACAUAUUUGAAACAUAUAACAGCUCGUUUGCCACUUAAAUUAGUUAAAAUGCAUCUUGAUCAGGUAAUGCUUGAAAUGGGCAUUCAUCGACUCAAUUUUAAAAGUGACUGGGGUACUCUCAUCAUGGAUGUGAUGUGCAAUGGACAUGUAGAUUGUGAAGACUUGCUAACUUCAGUUACAGGGAAGAACUGUUGGUUCAACAGCUCUCGGAUAGAUUUCUAUCUUGAAUAUGAACCUCAUCCAUCAUCUACAAAGAACUUGAAUCAUCUCUUUCAGAUGAUCCGAGAAGGUACUUUUGCUAUGUAUGACUAUGGAAUGUGGAAGAACUUAAAGCACUACGGCCAACUGAAGCCACCAAAAUUUGAUCUUAGCCGAAUUCCCAGUUCUUUACCAUUAUGGAUGGGGUACGGAGGAAACGAUGCCUUAGCAGAUGUUACAGAUUUGCAGCAUACUCUCAAGGAAUUACAAUCAAAGCCAGAUUUGCUCUAUCUUGAGAAUUAUGGUCAUCUAGAUUUCCUUCUGAGCACAAGAUCAAAGGAAGAUGUUUAUGAUAGAAUGCUUGCAUAUUUCAACUCAUUGGGAACAUAUAGCUACGACUGA